AUGGUGGCCUCGUUCUCUCCUCACCGUGAUGCCGGAGGCACCCUGCAUCUCUCCUCCAGCAGCUUCCAUGCUACACACAAGAACUCGGCCCUGAGUCAACUUCGACGCUCGCUAUCGAGGAGUCCAUCCAAGACAACCGACUUCAGACUGCUCUCUCCAUCCACGUUUAACUCGCCGGCAACCAGGCAUCCGAAUUUCACUUCUUCCAAUCUCUCACCUUCGAAGCAGGCCUCCCACGGCAAGAUACUCUUCGUUCCUAAUCCAAACACUCCGUCUCCCGUUGCCGUUCCGUUCCCUCCCAGUGCAAAGAUCCAUCGCCCACCUAUUCGCCGGAGCCGUUUCAUGCACUCUUCCAAGCCUAACAACUCGUCUAGCUCAGCCAAACGGGUCCUAGGUGAGUCUAGGGAUAACGGGAACUCUGCUGUUUCUCCAGAGCCACCUAGCAUCGAAGCCAUGGAUGAAAAGGUCUCCACCACCCCACCGAGCCCAGUGCUCUUCGGAAGCGGCCAGGAAAGCCCUCUCGUUCUAUCCUCUCCCAUAGAGCAACAUACAGAAGAUACCUCUGCCGCUGGACGAGAGAAACGCCGAAAUGUCAACAUGACUAUGGAUUCCCCCGGUGCUGAGAGCCCUUCAGCCAAGCGUAGAAGCUUGCACGGCGUCAGCUUUGGUGCCGACUUCGACGUCUUCGAGUCCAGCUACACAGCCAUCAACUCUCCCCUAAGCAAUACAAAUCCAAAGGAACCUCGAUUUCAACCACCCGGUCAUUAUUUCUCUACCAUACCGAAGCGUUCAUCCUCGUUGAGAAGGUCUACUAUUCAGCAAAGACACCCGGAGCGGUCUCCCUUCGUUCGAAAGACAAGUGCAGAGAAUGAUGGAUCGCUUCUACUACAGAACAAGAAUCGCAUGGCUAUCGACAACUCAACCUUUCUCCCCCUCAAUGGCCCAGAUUCUUCUCCGUCUCCGAACCCAUCCGCGUCUUUGUUUGCAGCUCCUUCCUCUUCUACUUUCCACCCUCCUAUGCAUCCUCUCUCUCGCACUAUUACACAAUCUUCGUCCAGUUCAAGCGUGGGGGAUGAUUCUCCCACUAACAGAGCUCUAAACUCAAGUUUCCCAGAAGCCAGGCCGAUCCUUAACUUUUCCAAGUCUCUGCCAAUUGGUGCUGUAGCACCCAGAGCCCCCAGUCUUCUACGACAGGAAUCUUCCAAUGCCUCUGCUUCUCCCUUUUCCACCCCAGAAAACUACAAGCUUGUGAAACCAUUGCCUGCGGCUUUCAUGUCCACUGGCCUGAUUUCGAAGAAAAACAAGAAUGUCUCGGACUUCCGUAACAGCUCGACCAUGAGCCACAACAUGCCUGAGACUCCUUGCAAACGUGCAUCAAAUGUGCUUUUCGGGCCUAAACCUCUGCACCAAGCCAACAGUGCAAAAUUCCUUCCUUACCACAAGUCAUCCAGCUCCUUCGAGACCCCCUUCACUCACCGUGUCAAGGCUCCCUCUUCCCGUGUCGUGUCAACAUAUUCCCGGCGUGGAAGUCUGGCUAGUAUUGACGGAGAUAUUAGCUCUAUCCCACGAUCACCAUCAGCCCCGUUUGACAGUCAAUGUGCCACAGACUCAGACCUUCCUCCCACACCCACCAAGCGAGGCCUCUUCCCUCAACACGUUUCUAAUUCCACUCCAUUCCAAUUCCAAGCCGCAAACCAACACAACUCCGAUGCCAGCAGAGCGAGCCCGUUCUACUGUAAAACCCCAGAGUCCGGGCCUCCUAGAACUCCGCGGGAUCAUGCCCUGACUCCCGACGCUAGUAAUCUUUCAAUAACAGCUCCAGAUGAUCACACCUUCAGUCUUAUAGAGGCGAACGCUUCAACUCUACCUGCAACUCCCACCGCUCCUCGUGAAUCGUUUCCAAAUCUUGGAAAACGAACUAGCUUCCCACUCGGAGGCUAUAAUUCCCCUGAUAUUGACCCAUGUCUAAACUCACGCUUUGACAAAGUGGAGCUCAUUGGCACGGGAGAAUUUUCCCUCGUUUACUCCGUUUCCGAGCGCGUUUCUCCUCCAUCAAGCCAGCUUUUCCAGUCUCAGACACCUCUCUCUUCUAACUCGACACCUACCAACACAGGCAGUCGGAAAUUAUGGGCUGUUAAAAAAUCCAAACAACCAUACGCUGGAUCCAAAGACCGCGAAAGGCGAAAUAAUGAAGUCGUUGCUCUCAAGGCUCUUCGUGAUUCUGACCAUAUAAUCAGCUAUGUUGAUAGCUGGGAAGACAAGGGAUACCUCUAUAUCCAGACUGAGUUCUGUGAAGAAGGCAGCCUUGACGUAUUUCUCUCCCAAGUUGGCCUAAAAGCUAGGCUAGACGACUUUAGGAUAUGGAAGAUCCUCCUAGAGUUGGCACACGGCCUAAAACAUAUUCACGACACAGGUUUUAUUCACCUGGAUUUGAAGCCAGCAAAUAUUCUCAUCACCUUCGAAGGCGUCUUGAAGAUCGCAGACUUUGGGCUUGCUACACGUUGGCCUGCUGCGGCUGGAAUUGAGGUGAAGGGACAGAGAAUAUUGGAAGUCUCGUGGCAGAAGCUCCGCAACGGGGACAUGAGUGAUGUUCCAAGCCUGACCUGGAGCGGAGAAAGCAGCAAUAUCCUCCGUGAUGCUUCAGGCAAUCCACUGGUUGAGUCUUCAUUUGGAAACCUGUCCUCAUUUGACGAUUUCGACAGAGACUGCUCCUCACAGGAUGUUUCUUCCAACUACUUCCAGCUGGCUCAGCGGAAGGGUGCCUCCAGCGCCCGCAGUGGAGAACUUGCAGAGCCUCCAGCCUUUAUGGUUGAUGCAGAUAAUGAUCAAGCUCUCGAUAAACUGGUUGGAUGGAUGAUCUCCCCCAAUCCUCCAGACCGUCCUGUGGCCGAUGAGAUCCUUCAGUCCUUCGGUGUGCAAUGGGCUGAGCAGAGACGCCGAGCAGGCGCCACAAUUUACGAAGGGAACUGGGGACCAGCUGACGAGGUACUCAACGAAGACGCUGAAAUGAUGGACGUCUAA